UCGAAGCUAAAUAAAUUAUUCUUAUAAAUCUUGUUGAACAGUAAUACAGUACGUAUCAUCAUAUACAUAUAGUGUCUGCUCGUGGCCUUAUGGUGAAGGCCUAAGUGGCAAAGAUUAGAUCAAAUUCAGGAAGGAUGGGUGAAAUUAAAUAGAUUCUAACUAGCUAUAAGGAGAUUAAAUCUCUAAAAUAUUAGAGACUUGAUACAAAAUAUACUAUAAAAUAUAAAAAUUUAUUGAGCCAGAAAGCUAUGAUCCACCUUAGCCACGACACUGCUCCGCCGCCGUUAAACCUCCUCCGUUCCUAACACCCGAUUUCUAGACGCUUCCGUUUCGUGCGCGGCAUCUGACCUUCGUUCCUAUCUCGCGGGUCGACCUCCCCUGCGCUUCCUUGUACAACUGCUCGACUCAACUGGAUCCCUACGGCUCCAAACCCUAGCCCCACCCCGCUAAUGGCCGACGUCCUCGACCCCACCUCCGAGGCGCCGCGCGCGCGCCACCCGCCGCCGCCACCCGACAGCCCUGAGGAUCGCUCGCCGCCGCUACCACCGCCUCCCCCCGGCGGCCCUCCGCCGAGCCGCAAGCGGAGCCGCUCGCCGCCGCCGGCCUCCCUCCCGCCGCCGCCACCGCCGCCGCCGGUUGGAUCGUCGCGGCCCCAGAGGUACCGGGACCAUCACCACCGCGGCGGACGGAGCGGGAGCAGCCCGAGCCCGCCGCCGUACCGGGGCGGCCGCCGGCACUCGCCGCCUAGGAGGUCCUCGUCGCCGCCUUUCAAGCGGUCGCGGAGGGACGACGGGUACGACCGCCGCGGGGGCCGCUGGAGCCCGCCGCGGUACGGGUACGACGACAGGAGGCGUGGCUACGACUACGAGCGAGGUGGUGGCAGAGGUGGGUAUGAUGAUGACCGGCACCAUGGCCGAUAUCCGAAUCGUGCUCCGGAUUGGCCUGAUUCAGGAUACGGGGCUUCCAGUGAUGGUCCAGGGAACACUCAAAGGGAAGGCUUGAUGACGUACAAACAGUUCAUUCAAGUCCUUGAGGAUGAUAUUUCACCAACUGAAGCUGAGCGCAGGUACCAAGAAUACAGAACAGAGUAUAUCACCACUCAGAAACGUGCCUAUUUCGAUAUCCACAAGAAUGAAGACUGGUUGAAAGACAAGUACCACCCAACCAACUUAUUAUCUGUUAUUCAAAGGAGGAAUGAACGUUGUAAGGUCAUAGCGAAGGACUUCUUUCUUGAUUUGCAAAAUGGAACUCUGGAUCUUGGCCCUGGAAUAAUUGCGGGUGCCAUGAAUAAAUCAGGAAGUGGCAGUGAUGGAAAUUCUGAGGAUGAUACAGAUAGUGACAAGAGAAGAAAGCAUGGCAAAGAUUCCUCAAAAGGAACUGAUCCUCUUUCUGGUGCCCCCAAGGCUCAUCCAGUUAGUUCUGAAUCAUGGCGAAUUCAAGCUGAUAUAGAACAAACUCUAGGACUUGUCCGUAAGCUUGAUGCUGAGAAGGGUAUUGAGGGCAACAUACUGUCAAGUGGUGAUCAUGACAAGUCAGAUGUUGAAAAAUCACAUAUUGGAUCCAUGGGACCUAUAAUUAUAAUCCGAGGCCUGACGACUGUCAAAGGCCUUGAAGGUGUUGAGCUCCUAGACACUAUCCUUACCUUUUUAUGGCGUAUUCACGGUGUUGAUUACUAUGGCACAUCAGAAUCACAUGAGGCAAAAGGACUUCGUCAUGUGAGAGCAGAUAAUAAGACUUCUAGCACAUCUGAUAUCAGUGCAGCUGAUUGGGAGAAGAAGCUGGAUAUUUUUUGGCAGGAAAGACUGAAUGGUCAGGAUCCCCUGGUCAUACUAACUGCCAAGGACAAAAUUGAUGCAGCAGCUGUCGAAGUUCUAGAACCUUGUGUCAGGAAAAUCAGGGAUGAAAAGUAUGGAUGGAAAUAUGGCUGCGGCGCGAAGGCUUGUACGAAACUUUUUCAUGCUCCUGAGUUUGUCCACAAGCAUUUGAGGCUCAAGCAUCCAGAACUUGUGUUAGAGUUGACUUCAAAAGUUCGAGAGGAUCUUUAUUUCGAAAAUUACAUGAAUGAUCCUAAUGCACCAGGUGGAACGCCAGUUAUGCAACAGUCUGUACCAGACAGAACAAGAGGGAGACCUGGUAUGGACAAUCGUCUGAGAUUUGAUGAUUCUCGUAGAGAAUAUGAUAGGGCAGAGAGAGAUGGAGGCAGAUAUGGUAGAGGUGAUCGCUCUCCUAGCCGUGAUGGACCUGAUGAUCAGAUGUUUGAUGCUUUUCGUGGAAGGGGCUCCAAUGCUCCUUUUGUCGCUGAAUUUCCACCCCCUCCAAUAUUGAUGCCUGUGCCUGGUGCUGGUCCAUUGGGACCUUUUGUUCCUGCACCUCCGGAGAUAGCGAUGCAUAUGCUGAGAGAGCAAGGGCCGCCGCCUCCAUUCGAACCUAACGGCGCACCACAUGGGAACAUGGGAGUGCUCGGUCCAAUGCUGGGUGGUCCAGCGCCGAUUAUAGCUAUACCUCCAAAUUAUCGUCAGGAUCCUCGUCGUUUACGAAGUUAUAACGACCUUGAUGCUCCUGAGGAGGAAGUUACUGUCCUUGACUACAGAAGUUUGUAGGCUCCCUACCAUACCAGCAAUUUUGCCAGCAGCUCUAGCAUCUCCAGAUGCCCCAAGGUUUUGCGGUACCCUAUUAGAAAAUUUGGGUUGUAUUCUUUGUACGGAGGCAGAGGUGUAUGGUCACGAACAAGUAGAUCAAUUUUUUUAGGUGACAUGUAAUCUAUUUGAUUUUGUUGUAACUUAAAUCGGGGAAGUCUCAGAUUUGCUUGGGUUUGUUGACC